AUGCCUCCUAAGAAAUCCACCGAGCCUCCACCCCAGUCAGAUGAAUCGGCAUCAGAUUUCGAAGACGAGCCUGAGAGAAAAAAACAGAAAAAGACGAAAAAGACAACAUCCCAAAAAAGGGGGAACGCUCAGAAAGAAGGGACACCAGACCAGGAGGCAGAGCUUAAGAAAGCUGCUGAUCAAAUCUUCGACGGCAGUGAUGGAGAAGACGACGAUACAGACCUAUUCGCUCUGACCAUCCCACCCAAACCCGACUUUCUCAUAAAAACAACAAAGAAAGAUCGUUUGAUGAUCAUGAACGUUGAAGUUAACAAUUUCAAGAGUUAUUAUGGCAAAGCAUCAAUUGGACCGUUUCAUAAAAGUUUCACCUCAAUUAUUGGACCAAACGGUUCAGGAAAAUCGAAUCUUAUCGAUUCUCUCCUUUUCGUUUUCGGAUUUCGGGCAUCGAAAAUUCGUUCAGCAAAAGUGGCUAACCUGAUUCAUAAAAGUAACGGGCGCAACCCUGAUUCGUGCACUGUCACGAUUCAUUUUCAACGAAUUAAUGAUGUGCCUGGCCAUUACGAAAUCGUGAAAGAUUCCGGAUUUCAAAUCUCACGAACCGCCUACAAAAACAGUUCAAGUUCAUAUGCAAUUAAUGGUAGAGCUGCUUCAAGAGCUGAUGUAGAAGCUCACCUUCGCCAAGCUGAUAUCGAUAUCGAACACAAUCGGUUUUUGAUUCUUCAGGGCGAAGUUGAGCAAAUUGCCAUGAUGAAACCUGUGAAACAAACGAAGAGCGAGACUGGAAUGGUGGAGUACCUAGAAGACAUUGUCGGAUCAAAUCGUCUCGAGCCUUUUGUGAAGCGCUUUCAACGAAGAGUCAACAGAAUUAACUGUGAUCUGACUCAACAACGAAUCACUCGUGAUCAUGCGAGAAACAGUAAAAUUGCUAUGGAAGGACAAGUUAGGGCUGCUAUUGAGUUCUUGAAAAAAGAAAAUGAGGCAACACUUAUCGAAAUGAAACUGGACCAAAGAAGAAGAAAGUUAUAUUUGGACAAAGUCGCGCCCAAGCAAGCUGAGCUUGAUAAAAAGGAAGAAGAACUGAAUUCAGUCGCCGAGAAAAUUGCCUCAAACAAAACUGAAGCAACAAUUAUGGAAGAUGAGGAGAAAAAGAUGAAGAAAGAAGGGUCGAAGAUUGAUAAGGAAAUAGAUCGGUUGACAAAGGAUUAUGAUGAUUUGACAGCAGAAGAGAAGCGAAGAAAGGAAACCAUUAAAAGAUAUGAAACUGAUCUCUCAAAAACUGAAGCAGAACUAGAGAAGGAGGAGAAGAAGAAACAGACUCUCAUCGCUGUACCAGAGAAAGCGGAAAAGAAGAUUAAAAAAUGGAAGGAAGAGUUGGAACAGUUGAAGGAGAUUGAGAAAACAGCUAACGAGGAAGCAUCGAAAAAUCUCGAUGAGUUUGAAAAACGCACUGACAAGCUGAAAGAAGAUCAAAAGCGGAUUCAAGAAACCUGGAACGAGUGUAACACUGAGGCAAUCAACGUUCGCCGUGAGGCAACUCUGGCAAGGUCUGAUUUCGAGGAUAUGAAAACCGCGGCUACGUCUGGAUCAAGAAAACUCGAAAAGUUGAAGGAACAACUGCAAGCUUCUGAAGAAAAGUACAAUGAAGAUAAAGCAGAGUUGGAAAAACUGAAGCCAGCAGUUGGAACAUUAAGAGAAAGAAAGAAUGAUCUAGAAACGAAACUCCCAGGAGUCCGCAACGAUUAUAGACAAACGAAUGUCAAAGUCAGUAUCUCACAAAUCAACUCUCAACUCGAAGGCAUUCGUCAACAGAAUGCUGCGUCUGUCGGAUCCAGCCAAGUUAUGAAAGCCAUUGCGAGAGAAAGAGAGGCAGGCCGACUUAAAAGUUUUGUUGGUCGAGUUGGUGAACUUGCUUUCAUUGAUAAGAAGUACGAGGCUGCCAUUUGCACUAACUAUGGUGCUGUUUUGAAACAAUUAGUUUGCCGUGACGAAUCCGACAGUGCCAGAAUCAUCGAUAUUGCGAAUUCGGAGAAACUCGGACGUCAAUACGUUGUAUCUUUGGAUCGCUACAAGUUUUGUGAUAUGAAUCUUCUAACACCAGUGCCUCCAGGAACUAACCCUGGUCCCCGUCUCAUUGACCUGAUUGAAUGCGACAACCCAGAAAUCAAGGCGAUCAUUUUCAAAGAAAUUCGUGACGUCCUCGUUGCCAAGGAUACCAAAGAGGCUAUCGAAAUGAACAAAACAUCCGGAAAGGCCGUCUGCACACUUCAAGGGUCUUUGGUUUCUGUCACAGGAAAUAUCACGGGAGGAGGAAGUCCGAGAUAUGGAGAUAUCGAGACGGAUAAAAGCAAAAAGCCGAAGCAAGUAACUCCACAAGACAAAGACUUGGAGAAAAAACUAACCGAAGAAGUAACACAGCUGAAACAAAAAUCGGAUAGUUUGAGGCAAGAAGAACAGAAGCUUGAUAGCGAAUUGACUCGAAUUCGGCACGAAGUUGCUCAAUCAAGUAAAAGAUUAGACACUCUGACUGGAUCGGUCGACGCGGAGGGAACAACUGUAGAAAAUCUCAAAAAAGCUAUUCAAGCUCAGGAAAAGGAGGUGACGAAAGUGAAAGUAGAUGAGAAGGACAUCGAGACAAAACAAAAAGUGGUAGAGGAGGUGGAAAAAAAAAGUAACGAGCUCAAAGAGAAAUCUGCCGGAUAUAAAGAGCAACAAGCCCAAAUUCAGUCUAAGCUCGACGACAUUUUCAAGGAGCUCGUUGGUUGUCAUCGAGAUGAGGCCAAAGACGCUUCGCAAAAAUGCCAAAAAAUUGAGAAGGAUACGGCCAAAGAGCAAGCGAGUGUGGCGAAUUCUGCAAGAAACAUUGCAAAAUGCGAUGAAAAUAUUGCUAGAUUAACAAAAGAUAAGGAAAAGAAGACUCGAAUGUGUGAUGAGUUGAAAGAGAAAGCGAUAGACGAGGAAGGUUUGGCCACAAAGAAAUCAGAUAUUGAUGAAUUAAGCAAGAAGAGAAAGGAAUGGGAGGAGAAGUACAAUGAGUUGACAAAGAAGCAGUCGGCAUUGUCAGAAGAUGAAACGAAAUUGAGUCUUGAAUUGAAGGUACUGGAAGAAGCAAUGAAAGAGCUGAAAGACUCUUUGGCAGGUUAUGCAGCCAAAACCAACGAAAUCGAAAAAAGAGUAAGUGAAUGCAUAUUAUCCGGUCUUCAAAUCAAUCGUAUUCCACGAUUCCAAUUUCUUAUUGAAUCUAGUAGACCAGAAGAUCUCACGAUGCAAGUAGAUGAUUUACCUGUCGAUGAGAAUCAGAGUCCCGAAGAAGCUGAAAGACAUAGGAAACACAUUGCUUCAGCUAUCAGUGAUCGCGCCUAUGCUCUGGAAUAUGGACUUAGGCGGAAGGGAGAGGAAGAUACGGAAGAAUACGAAAACGUUGACGUUGACACGAAGAUUCCAGUUGAGUUGCUAGCGCCGGAACAAGUGGAUGAAAUCACAGACCACGACGCAAAACAAUUGCAACAUAAUCUGCAACAGUGUAAACUAGCUCUUGAAACAGCGAAGCAAAAUGUGGACUUAUCUUGUAUUGCCACUUAUGUGAUCAAAGUGAACCAAUUUAAUGAAGAAGUUGUGAAGCUUGCCGAAGUGAAUGCGAAUUUUAGACGACACAACGAGAGACUUCAAAAGCUCAAAAAAGAUCGGCUUGAAGAGUUCCAUUCGGCGUUCGAAUUCAUCGGAAAACAUUUGGUAGCUGUUUACAAAAUGUUGACUGACGGUGGAGAUGCCAAAUUGGAAUAUAUCGAUAAAGACGAUCCGUUCAAAGAGGGAAUCAGUUUUAUGGUUCGUCCUGCCAAAAAAGCUUGGAAACAGAUUCAGUACCUCUCAGGAGGAGAGAAGACUCUUUCUUCACUGGCUCUCAUUUUCGCUUUGCACAUGUUCAGACCAACUCCUUUCUAUGUAAUGGACGAAAUUGAUGCUGCGCUUGACUAUCGCAACGUAUCCAUCAUUGCUCAGUACGUUCGCCAGAAGACGGAAAAUGCCCAGUUCAUCAUUAUUUCCCUGAGAAAUAACAUGUUCGAGUUAGCGAACCGUCUUGUCGGAAUUUACAAAGUGGAUGGAUGUACUAAAAACGUCGCCAUUGAUCCACAAAGCGUUUGUGAGCUGGCGAAAAGUAUCUCGGCAAGUUUGGGGCAAAUAACAUGUACACUCCCCGAGGAAGUCACCGAGCGUUUCAACGAAACCGUCAGCCGACAACACAAGGAGAUCACUGCGCAAGAGAAGCAAUAUGUUAAUUUCCCAUCAUCGAAUGAAAUUUCCAAGGCUGAAAAAAUUGUGAGCGUAGAGGGACGAGUGAGAAAGGAAAUGAACCAUACGACUCGGGAAACACCAGAACCUUCUACAUCUCAAUCGAGGACAACGGCAGAGGACAAUGCAACAGAACGGGCUGUUUCUACUAGACCAGGGUCUCGUGCUAUUCAUAUGAAAAUUCCGAAUCCUCGUCUUGUCGAGCGUUCGUCUUCCGCGUCCACUCGAAGUCCGAAAAGAGAAAGAAACACCGGACCAGAUGGGGUAACAUUUCUGAUUAACUUCAUUUUCAAAAGUAUAUUUCAGGCAUCUCCGCCUACCAAAAAGUCUAACACUACCAACUCAUCUCCAAAAACAUUGUCUCCAAAAACAACGGGUCCAUCCAAUGAUAACAAGCCGGUCGAUGAUGACGAAUACGACUUUGAAGACUAG